AGACCAGUAGCAGUAAUUGUGUAGCGGCGAUGAGAUGAGGCCGCGUCACCUUACCUCCAAAACUUAAGAAGAACAUCGCGACUCGCGCUUCAAACAAUUCACGAAUAGUGUGGCCCUAUGUUAUCUAGAUUAUAAAAGUGUGUGCGAGUGAGUUGUGAUACAAGAUUCAAAUCGUGGAACGCGCGUACAUCUACGGUGCUACCGACGUGCUACGAAGUGCAGGCUGCAUGUCUGUUAUUACAGUGAAAACUACUAACACUCCAUUAAAUACAAAGAACAACAGUCGUGCAUGAGUGGACAGAGGGUCUCUGGGACGGGCAGCACUAACCAUAACGGAGGUGCCACGGCCACUGGUCUGGUGGCUCCUGACACCAUGGCGUACGAUGACUAGGGCGCGGCAUGCGGGCGCGCCAUGAACUCGACGGCGGCGGCGGCGGCGCUGGAGUGCAGUACGGACGUGGGCGUGUCAGCGCGGGACAAGUUGAUCCGGUUCGUUGUGCACGGUGUGAUGCUCAACGCCAUUGGGGCGGCCGGCCUACUCGGCAACGCUCUUGCGGUACUAGUGCUGUCGCGCCCACAGAUGCGCUCCUCCAUAAACUGUCUUCUGGUGGGGCUAGCUGCGUGCGACACUCUUCUUAUCCUAACCUCAGUGCUCCUGUUCGGCCUAACUGCUGUAUAUCCGUACACUGGUGCGCUGCGCUACUAUUACUACCACGUAUGUCCGCGUCUAACGCCCUAUGCCUACCCACUAGCCAAUGUUGCGCAGACCAUGUCUGUCUAUCUCACGCUGAUCGUGACCGUAGAACGAUGGGUAGCUGUAUGCCAUCCUUUCCGUGCCAAGGCACUGUGCACCUCGUCGCGAGCGCGCUGGUAUGUACUCGGAACGGCAGUAUUUGCACUUAUCUACAACGCGCCCAAGUUUCUCGAAGCCGAGGUGGUAGAAGAGCGCGACAUCGAGACUGGCGAAGUGAUCUACUGCGUACAGGCCGAUAUGCGGUUCCGCAACGAAACAUAUGUGGCCGUCUAUAUCCAUUGGAUGUACUUAGUAGUAAUGUACAUCGUACCGUUCUCGCUACUGGCAGCGUUGAACGCUCGCAUCGUGUGCCAAGUGCGACGAGCGCAGGCCGAGCGUGCCAGACUCUCGCGCGUUCAGCGCCGCGAGCUCGGACUGGCCACCAUGCUGCUAGUAGUCGUGCUGGUGUUCUUCUUAUGCAACCUAUUGCCGCUAGUCACCAACGCCUUCGAGGUCUUCCUCGGGGAUGCGUUCGACAAUCUCGACCCACUAGUGAAGACGAGCAACCUGCUGGUCACAAUCAACAGCAGCGUGAACUUCGUAAUAUACGUCAUCUUCGGCGAAAAGUUCAAACGGAUUUUCCUGAAGCUAUUCUGCACUGGACGAACUCGACGAGAUUCACCGGAACACACGCGCGACGACUCGUUCGCAUCAGGUGCGGGUGAGCGCGUGUCGCUGCGGCUGCUGCGGAACGGCACGCUUCGCCGGUCACGAGGCGCGACAGGGCGGCGCCGAUCACCCGCGCCCACCGUUUACUACCCCGCGCCACCUGCCACUCCUUGCACGGAAGUUUCGCUGGCCUCGCUAGAGCCCUCGUCUCGCACCAACGGCGCUUCUCGACUACACUUCUGACGCAACACAGGCUCGCAGACUCGCCGGUUCCAAUAGCGGGCUGUGUAUAAAUAGAAACAAAUAUAUUUUAUGAACUGUAAGAAAACGAAUAUGUUUAUAGACUCUGAAUAGUUAUUUUAUAUUAUUUAGGGUUAUGCUCGGAGGAGAAGGGUGGAAAAAGACAGUAUUCCAUAAGUAUUAUAAUGUAUAAUAAUAUUAUAAUAAUAAAUGUCAUGCUCUCUUAGGUACCGUCUAAGGUCAACAGAUACGACAGAAAAAAAUUAUUUGUACCCAAAUUAGAUUUUGCGGACACCGUCUUGAAAUUUGAGAGUAUUUCUUGACAUUUCAAAUUCAUGAACAAUAACAAUUGUGUCACUGUGUACGGAAUUCGGUAUUCAAACACGAAAAAGAGAUAAUUAAUUACAGAAUAUUUCUUUCCUAUUAAUAUUUGACAUAUUAUAUGUUACUACUACAACCCAUUAAAGCCUCAUGUAAUUCUAUAACUUGCAGUUUAACCUUAUUGUUCCGUGAUGUACGAUUAGUUGUUCUCUUUAAGAGAAUCAUAAUAAUAGUAAAUAGCUGUAUAAUACUAGGUUGCCUAAGACAUAAUUUAAUAUCAAAAUCAAUGACCUACAUGUUCGACAUGUCUAAUAAAAAUAAUUAAAUGUGUUA